UAUAAACUCAAACUUUACAACUUUAUCACAUUUCCCUCACAAAACCCAAAAGGCCCAAACCUCACACACCAGAAUCUCCAUUGCCCUUUUCUCUCUAAAUCAAUAUCACGCGCGGCAAUCGGAGAUUCACGCGCCACCAUGUCAUCUCCACCGACACUCCCCGUUUCCACUUCUCAAACAACCAUAAACAUCGGCGGCGGAGGCGGAGGCGGAGGAGUUUCCUCCCAAUCUCAACCUCCGAUCGCAACUCCCGCUUUCCGCGCCUUCGUCUCCCGCAUCUCCUCCUCCCUCCGUCAAGCCUUCUCACAGCGCCGUCCAUGGUACGAACUCAUCGACCGUUCCUCAAUUUCACGGCCUGAAAAUCUCUCCGAAGCAUAUACACGGAUCCGCAAGAAUUUCACAUACUUCCGUGUCAAUUACCUAACCCUAAUCGUUUUCGCGCUCGCAGUUUCUCUCAUCACGCAUCCAUUUUCAUUGCUUGUUCUUCUCGGGCUCCUUGCAUCGUGGUCGUUUCUCUAUCUCUUCCGUCCUUCCGAUCAACCUGUUGUUCUCUUUGGCCGCACCUUCGCCGAUCGUGAAACCCUAGGGAUCCUUUCUUUGCUUACGAUCUUCGUCAUUUUCCUCACAAGUGUUGGAUCGUUGUUGAUUUCUGCUCUUAUGGUUGGAUUGGCGAUCGCUUGUGCACACGGUGCGUUUCGUGUUCCGGAGGAUCUGUUUCUUGAUGAUCAAGAAGUGACUAGUUCGGGAUUCCUGUCGUUCCUUGGCGGUGCUGCGUCGUCCGCUGGUGCGGUGUAAUUGGUGAGAUCUGUGAUCUGGUGGAGUUUUCUAUUAUGAGAGGGUAAACACAUUUAUAUCUGAACACACAUGUUGUGCACACACUUAUGUGAUGCAGUGCUGGAAAUCUCGGUUACAGAUGCCAUCUAUGGUCAGAGACAUUUUCCUCACACACAAGAGUACCAUAUAUUUCAGUUUUGUUUUCGUAUCUUAGAGCUUCAAAUCCAACUAGCAUUGUAACACUUGAUAACCCUUAUACAAGCAUUACCUUCCGUAUAUGAUUUGAGGAUCUUUUCUAGAAAAACCAGACAUGUAAUGGGUUUGUGGUCUUGUCGGUUUAGUAAUGUACUACCAUUUACUUUUUCCUAUUA